AUGAAGAGGGAAGGUGGGACGGUGCCGUGCAGGGUUAAGAUGCCAUGGCGCUGGUGCCACCGGCUGGAAGUUGCCUUCCUGAGUCUGUUGGGGUUCCUGGGGUUCCUGUUUCUUCUCCAAACCGAUGAUCUUCCAAACAGUGGUGUCUCGAAUGAGGCAAGGGAAACCGCUGGUCUGACCCCGCUGAACACUACUACCGAAGCCCGCAAAGUCAUCACCCGGUGCCGAGUAAACGAAUCGGCGGCCAACAUCUCCGGCUUCGCCGACCUGCCUGAUCACAUCAAAGACUUCUUGCGGUAUAAACAUUGCAAAGAGUUCCCCUUGCUUCUGGACCUCCCGGAGAAAUGCGGCAGCCGGGAAAACUCCUACAACGUCUUCUUGCUCUUGGCCAUCAAGUCGUCUCCCGGGAACUACGAACGGCGCGAGAUCAUCCGCAAGACGUGGGGGCAAGAGCGGACGUUAGCGGGCGUCCAGGUCCGCCGGGUCUUCCUCUCGGGCGUGGUGGCCAACGCCCGGGACGCCCGGAAGCUCAACAAACUCCUCAAGCUGGAGUCGGAGGAGUACGGAGACAUACUGCAGUGGGAUUUCCAGGACAGCUUUUUCAACCUGACACUCAAGCAGGUCUUGUUCCACACCUGGAUGGAGGCCCGGUGCCCGGGGGUCCGUUUCGUCUUCAACGGAGACGACGACGUCUUUGCCAACACGGACAACAUCGUCCACUACCUGUUGAGCGUCCCGGGAGGAGGGGACGAGCAUCUCUUUGUCGGGCAGCUGAUUACCAACGUGGGACCCAUCCGGGAGAAGUGGAGCAAAUAUUACGUGCCGGAGCAAGUGACCACCUCCAAGUCCUACCCGCCAUAUUGUGGUGGGGGCGGCCUCGUCAUGUCCGGCUACACCUCCCGCACCAUCUACAAGGAAUCCCUGGGCAUCGAACUGUUCCCCAUCGACGACGUCUACCUGGGGAUGUGCCUGCAGAGAGCAGGCCUCGCACCCUCUUCCCACAUGGGCAUCCGGACGGUAGGCGUGAGGCUGCCCUCUUCCCGGCUGGAUCCCUUCGACGCCUGUUACUACAAAGAGCUGCUCUUGGUCCAUCGAUUUGUGCCGUACGAGAUGCUGGUGAUGUGGGACGCCAUCCACCAGGAGGACUUGGUCUGCGGGAAGAAGGUAGAGGUUUACCAGAGUCUCUGAGCGGUCCUGGGGAAGAGGAAGAUGGACGGAUGGAGAGCUCAUGGGAAUCUAAAACGGAAGACGGGAAGAACCGACCUGUCUUAUGGAUCCGUCUUUGCAGCUGAUAAUUUUCUGGUUUGCAUCUCUUCCCCUCUGAAUGCCAGGACGUUUGGAAGAGAUGCUAUUUGACUUAAGAGAUGCAAGAAAGUGCUAAAAAUUGCAGCCAUGGGCGGAUGGUGGUUGUCAGGGUAAUUCCGCUUCCCCCCCACCCCAGCCCUGACUAGAUGGUUUGGAGCUGACGGCUCCUCUCAAAUGCGUUUUGCUUCCAUAUUGGAUUCUCCGCAGUUCCUUCAUUAAAGGCUUGUGUCAAAAUAAGAAGUGAAUGGUGGUUGGGACUGGAUGAUACCUCAGGAAUUCUGAUCAGCGAUGCACUACUUCUCUGGGACUUCCUCUGACACCUCCUGGCUACAGAAGAGAUGGACGCCGCCUCCUUGUCUUCCUUGCAGUUCAUUCAGGGCCUCAAUGGGGUCGCUUUGGUUUGGCUCAGGCAAAAUGGCGGCUUUGAGCUUCCUCUGUGCUUGCACUGGUGGUGGCCAUGUGUCAUGACUAAGCAUGACACCAUGCUGGAGAGACGUGGUUCAUUGUUCUUUUCUUUCUGGGUCUGAUGAACGGUGCAAUUGAUGAACGCGCCUUUCUCCCAACGUCUCAGUGGUGCCGGUUAGAAAAGGAAAAGAGGAGAAUCCAUCCACAGCUUUCUUUGCUUAGAGACUCUUGGCCACGGCAGUGAGAACAUUUAUGGGCCUUUGUGGAUAUCUGUUAUUGGAGUGAACGUGUGUGUGUGUGUGUGUGAGAGAGAGAGAGAUUCAGUGAUUUGUUGUGAUUCAGGGUGUACAAAGUUCCUUGCACUGAUUUUAGCUCUCUGUGGUCAAGCCAGAAUGUGGCGUUGGACCACGCGAUUCGUGGGACGCGGGCAUCAGUCAAAAAUGGCUUGGAUAAAUGUUCAGGGCUUCUCUCUCUGGAAGCCACUGGGGCAGGAGAGGAGAUAGCCUUGGAGACCCUCUCUCUGCCCUGACGCACUUGCGGUGAGAAUGAGGGUCAGUCAUUCUUUCAUGCUCCUGUUGGGAUGUUACCUGCCCUUCCAAAAUGCAACCGUUUCAGGGUGUCUGAGAGUCAGAUCCAGGAAUUAUUGUCGUCAUCAUCAUCAUCAUAAUCUUUCUGUCUGUCCACAAUGUGAACGAUUAAGCUUCAGAACAAAUACGAUCCAGAAAUAACAACAUCAAUAAUAACAAUAAUCCAUAUAAUAAUCAUUGAUAUUAUAUUAGGAAUAAUAAUAUCAUAUUUAUUAUUAUUUAUUACAUUUCUAACUGCCCUUCCAAAAGACAAGCCAUUAAGCUUCAGAACAAAUAUGAUCCCGGAAUAAUAAUAAUAAUAAUGAUAUUGUGUGGUUGUUGUUAUUAUUAUUACAUUUCAAAUUGUCCUACCAAAAUGCAAGCCGUUACGGGUGUCUGAACUUCAGAACAAAUAAGGUCCAGGGAUUAUUCUCAUUGUUUUUAUUAGAAAAAACACAUUUGCUCAGUUGCGCAACAGCUGUCAUUUUUUCAUCCUUGGUCAUUUCAGGAAGUUGCUCUGAUCCCUUCUGUCUUGCUCCUUCUGUGGUUCAAUCCUCUGGGAUUCAUGGGCCAAGAUCCGCUUUUUCGUGGUGCACAAUGCCCGAACCCCCAACCCGGCUGCACAUUCAUUGCAAGACCCCCUAACUGUGGUCCCGGGCAGGACUCCAUGACUUGGCUGAGCUCCAUGACUUGGCCAAGUGACACACAGAGUCUUUCUCUGCCAUUUCCCAAUCUUACAAGUGCAGAAGAGGACUGGACUGUCCCACCACGAGUAGAUGCUGAGGCCAUCUCACCAGAAUCCUACUUCACCUUGCCGGCGUUUUCUUCCUUUCUUUAAAUAAUUAAUAGGCAGGGCGUUUUUGAAGCCCCCCCCCCCCACAUAAAAUCCUCACAAAAAUCCUGUCCCUCGUCUUUCUUGAACCACUACAAUCAGCAAUAGUAACAGGAUAAAAGAAUGGGAGGGUAACAUUUUCCCAGCACUAGUUAAAGUUAUGGCAAAGUUAUUUUUUAUUUUUUUGGCUGCAGUUGAAAUUGGCAAAGACUUUUCAGCACUGGUGAAACUGGGAAGGUUUUUGCCGCUGGUGAAACGGCAAGGGCUUUCCUAUGCGCCGAUAUAAAGAUAGAUAUUUCUCCCGCUCUAUAAAAAACGUGAUGAAAUGGGCUUCCAAUAGAACACAUUUAUUUAGAGGUCACACAGGGAUUUGGAAUUCUGAUUGUAAAUCCACUUUUCUGUACAAUUGUUGAUUAAUUUCAGCUCCUGGUGUAAACUCAUUUUAAACUCCGUAUCUUAUUUGGGAGGGGUGGGUCUUUUAUACACACCUACCAACAGUGGCAAAACAGCUCAAAAGCCCUUUGAAGGCACAGUCCUGUAUUCACAAUUACUUGAUAGUAAGUCCUAUUGAAAUCAAGGGGACUUACUCCUGAGGAGACAUGCAUAGGAUUGCACUAUAAGUAGCAUAUGUGAAAUCUAUCUAAAGCAGAGCCAAGGGUCCUCUGCUGUGCCCCUAAGUCAGCCUUCCUCAACCUGGGGCGCUCCAGAUGUGUUGGACUGCAUCUCCCAGAAUGCCCCAGCCAGCUGGCUGGGGCAUUCUGGGAGUUGUAGUCCAACACAUCUGGAGCGCCCCAGGUUGAGGAAGGCUGCCCUAAGCCAAUGAGGGUGGGGGGCACGCAGUGGCCCGAAUUUCUUUCUUUCUCCAUAAUGUUGGGCUUCUUGUUAGAGAUUUCCUGUAACAAAAUAAGUUAUGAAGUGCCCUUCUGUUGUUUUUCUUAAGGCACAGUUCUGGCUAGUAACCAUAUUCUACUGUUUCCUGUUUUGUUUUGUUUUUUAAAAAAGAAACACUUCUUGGAUUGCAGUUUUAUGAUGUCUUUGUUAAAUAAUAAUUAAAAAAAACCUUCUUGUUUAA